GCCGUUCCCGGAGCAGCAAGAUGGCGGACACAAUGAGGAGGAGCCGCCUCUCCGCGGCCUGAGCGGGCCCAGCCGAGCCGGAGGGCGCCGCCUGCCCCGGCCCACCGCCCCUUCCCGCCCUCUGCCGAUCCCCUCUGCCCCGCCAGGCUCUGUCCGUCCGCUCCCGCCGCCGCCCGGAGCCCCGCCCGGCUCCCCUCAGCGCCGCCGCCCUCGGCGCGGCCCGGCGGCGGGAUGAAGCUGACGGACAACGUGCUGCGGAGCUUCCGCGUGGCCAAGGUCUUUCGCGAGAACUCGGACAAGAUCAACUGCUUCGACUUCAGCCCCAAUGGCGAGACCGUCAUCUCCAGUAGCGACGACGACUCCAUCGUUCUCUACGACUGCCAGGAGGGCAAACCAAAGAGAACACUGUACAGUAAGAAGUAUGGAGUGGACCUCAUCAGAUACACACAUGCUGCAAACACUGUCGUGUACAGCUCCAACAAAAUAGAUGAUACAAUCCGAUACCUCUCCCUACAUGACAACAAAUACAUUCGGUAUUUCCCAGGACACACAAAAAGAGUUGUUGCUCUUUCAAUGUCUCCAGUGGAUGAUACUUUUAUUUCUGGAUCUCUUGAUAAAACUAUUAGACUUUGGGAUCUCCGUUCUCCAAAUUGCCAGGGUUUAAUGCAUCUCCAGGGGAAGCCUGUGUGUUCUUUUGACCCAGAAGGGUUAAUUUUUGCUGCUGGAGUCAAUUCUGAAAUGGUGAAGCUUUAUGAUCUCCGUUCUUUUGACAAGGGGCCAUUUGCUACGUUUAAGAUGCAGUAUGAUCGAACGUGUGAGUGGACAGGCCUGAAGUUCAGUAACGAUGGCAAACUCAUCCUCAUAUCAACUAACGGAGGUUUCAUUCGACUGAUUGAUGCCUUUAAAGGAGCUAUCCUGCAUACGUUUGGGGGUUAUAACAAUAGUAAGGCUGUCACGCUGGAGGCAUCGUUCACACCAGACUCUCAGUUCAUCAUGAUAGGUUCAGAGGAUGGGAAGAUUCAUGUUUGGAAUGGGGAAAGCGGGAUGAAGGUGGCUGUGCUGGAUGGGAAACACACAGGUCCUAUCACCUGUCUGCAGUUCAAUCCCAAAUUUAUGACUUUUGCUAGCGCAUGUUCCAAUAUGGCCUUCUGGUUGCCAACUAUCGACGACUAGUUCCUACACUGCAGCUGCUGUCAGAUUAUUUCCAUACUGCAAACAGCAGCACAUCGUUGCAAGCAUAGUAUUGGAAUUGCCUCGGUCUCCUGGACUGUGUUCCCGUUCCUGCGUAUGUUUCUGUAUGUCUUACCUUUAUUUGCUGCAUUCCUUUGCGAGGACUCUUCCAGUUGGCCUCCAAGCGUGUUCAGAAGCGGCAUGCUACACGUUCUGUCCUUCCAGUCUGUGCCCAGCUGAAGUUGGAACUGACACAGUAUUAUUUCUAAGAGCAAUGAAGUCUGUUUUAUUUACAAAAUGUUUGUGCCAUUUUUUUAAGCUGUAAUUGUGUGUUUUCCUUCUGUGAGUGCACAAGGCUAUUGAUGUUCAAGGUGGAACGUGCAGUUCCUUCCCAUAAGUGCAUGUUUUUCACAUCUGGGCUCUCUGGCUUCACUGCAGUCCACAGAUGCAAAGUUACUUUGUGCCAAAUGACAGUUUUCAACUCAAACAGCAGAUGCUGGAUUCUUUUGCAAUGGAACACAUACUGAAAGAGUGGGCGACUCUAAACAUACAUUAGACAACCUGUCACCCUGUUUUGGGCAAUUUAGUGUGCAGCAAACCGUACAGGUUUUGUCCAUUGCCACAGCUUGCCGAAGCCUCCCUGCUGUUUGCUGUGCCAGCGUCUUGGAGGGCACAGACAGUACUGAUGAGGUCCAGGCUGUCUCCCAAGCAAUAAAGGAAGAUGGAGGGUCAGCAGAAAAAUGCAGAAACGAAACUGAGACUGAAAGCACAGUCUGACUGUGUAUCUUCCUUAUGUAUCAUCUUGGCUGAUUUUACUUGUAAAUAUCGUGGGGAGGGCAGUGGGAAUGGGCCAUAUUUUUUUACUUUUAGAUAUUAAAGAAUAUGAUGUGGGCCAGUAUUCUGGGUUGUCUAGGCUGUUUACCUUCACUGAUGCAGUUUUCCCCUCCUGGUUUGUAAAUAAGCUCUAUUAAAUUCUCCCCAGACCAGGCUUAGACCUGUAUCCCUUUGUUGAUAAAACUGACAUGCUGUUAGUUCAUCAUGCAUUUUGUUACAGGUCCUGCAGGCUUUCAGCAGUAGCCCCGAAAGAGCAACGCUUCCUUUGUCAGAUGAUGUUUUCAGAAUCGAAUUUUAAAAAUCCUACAUGUGAUUGCGCUGACUCUGCUUUGCCGUGGCUCUGCUCCAAGGAACGCCCCUGCAGAGAGACAGGAGGGAUGUGCUGCUGCAGAGGGGCUUGUGGGCGAACAGCACAGGAGGGCUGGCAAGCUCGUUUUAAAGCCUAGUUUCAGCUUAUUUUUCCUGAAAUGCUACAUUGGUCAAAUGCAUCUACCAGCAGGCUGGGACAGGCUCACUGUAGAUGUGGUGUUCGUUCUAUUCUGGCCUUUCCAAGCGCACUUGGCUCCAUGUGCUGAGUCACAAUUUGGAAAGUCCAUUCUUUCCCCCAUCCAGCCAAGUGUGCUUCCCCUCUCCUCAAUGUACAAUGCUGGGAAGGUGACAAGCACAGUAAUGGGCACGUUCUCUCUGGUCUCAGUGCUGGUCCAUACAGGACAGCAGCACUUGCGCAUUUUCCUGUAGGUCAGUUGUCUGGAUGUUCCGCUAUUACAGCGAAGUUCGUCUCAACUCUGAGGCCCUUGACGUAAUUCAGAGCAUGUCUGGAAAAGUAAGUGGGCUUGUAGAACAGCUUUGUCUGUUUGGCUUUUCUUUGCCUUUUUCUUUUUUUACAGCCCUCGUCAGCAGAAAUGUGCAGUGCUAAGAGUUGGCAGUGGGGAAUGAGCAUUUCUCUGCUUCUGGUUCCUUAAAGCAGAGCGUGUGCCGAGCCGCAGGGUUUGCCUGUGGCAGCCGCAGGAGGGCUGCCCGCAUGAGGUGAUCUGACUAACUUGAUGUUUGGAUCGGUGCUAUGGUCAAAGCUUCUCAGACCCCAUGGCUUGCCUCUGCUGAUGCUACCACAUGAGUUUAGUGCCGUUUCUAAUGGCAUGGUCAGUGAUGGGAGUUUGCCAUCCUCCAGACUGGAGGAGGGAAGGGAACAACAGACCGAUGGCUUUCAGUCUUGCCUAACAGGCCUGCUGUUGGAGAUGCAGAGAUUCAUACUAUUACACCAUCAUCCUUCUUUCCAUACCGUGCCACCGUCACCUGUCAAUGCCCAGUGGGAAGGGAAAUGGUUCUCUUGGUCCUCACAGUUGACUGGGUUUCCACAGCCACCUCUUCAACUCAGUGUUGUUGCAUUUCAGGCUGCUUGGUGCUAUUUCACCAUUGCUGAUGUUUCUGUAAGCAGCCAUGUUUUACAGUGGUUUGUAAAUACAGAUAUUUGGGGUUUGUAGUGCAUUUUACCAGUUAAGCGUUCAGUAGCAGAUCAUCUUUCAGGGUUUUAACAAGUCUGUUACCUGAGGAAGUGAACAGGUAGGCCCCAGCCAUUUUUCUUGUUACUUUCCACAGGGAAGUAUUUGGAAGUCUCAUUUUAAAAAUGCUCUUUGCUAAUGUGGUUUGAGCACUUGUCUAAAGACUAUUGUUCAGCUCUCUCCUGCUUGCAGUGUUGUAAAAUACUGUGCAUUGCACCGUGAAGUGUGUAAGAAAAAGGACCAAAGGACCGAUCUAGAAGGACAUACACACUAAGAACAUCAGUGGCUUUCUGGAGUGAAGAUGAAUGUACAGAUUUGUGCACAACACAGCACUAAUGCUCAGUUCAGAAUGAAAGCUGAACACCUUCCCAGUGCCGCUUGCCACCCCCACAGGCAAAGACUUUGUUGGUGUAGCACGGAGUGUUUUCCAUCUGCCUUUGAAUAAGGGAAAUGUGUUGUCAAGGAACUUGAGUAGCAUGUGUGUCUAGAAGGUUAGACAGGGAAGGUGAACAACGCUUUUAGCCUCCAGUUUCUAUGUGCUUCUGCAAAAAUACAGGACUGCAAUUCCUGUGCUCUUCAGGGCAGGCAGCUAAUCAUUCAAAACAGCACUCCCAGGUCGUAUGGAGUGCCCAACAUUAUGUAAAGCCAAGGAGGAAACAGCAUUCCCCUCUAAUUUGACAUUUAAAAGAUAAUUCCUCCCUGUGUUGAGAUAAAAUAAAGACCUUUCAUCAAAACAAGGGGAAGUGAAAGUCAACAGCCUCUGAAUAAGCAGUGGUGGGGGCUGCGCACAUCUGCUUGGGCUGUUGGGAGAUUUCGGGUGCAAAAUUCUCCAAGUUAGUCUUUGAGAGAUUUGUGGGGGGUUUUUUUGAGACCCCCAGGUCCUUGCUUAAUGUCCCAAGCCCUGCUCUGGGGGACACAGGAGCAACCGAGUGAACAAAUUUGGAAGCAGCAAUGUCUAUUUUCUAAUGCUUCUGGACUAUAUUUGCACUUUAAGAGACUUCGCCUUGGGUUGGGGUCAGGGCUGGGAUCCUGGUGAGCCUUUGAGAAACUGCUCGCUUUGGUUGUGAGCUGGUUCGGGGAGUUUGACUCCUAGGUGGUAUCUGCCAGAUAAGUGUAAAUACAUAAAGUCAAAUUAUGCUUUGUCACAAAAGACUACGUAUGUGGAGAAUUCAAUGUUAUGGCUGUUACUAAUAAAUAUUUUGUAGAGAGAUCAAA